AUUCAUCUAUAUAUUUAUUUAUUCAUUCAUUUAUUUAUUCAAUUAUUCAUUUUUAAUUUCUGCAGGUUUGGUCCUCCAUAAAACGUUAAAUUCAAAUAGCCCUUGCCUGGUAAUAAAUGCAGUCUUGGCCUUAUCCUUAGGUGCUACCUCUACCUGCCAAUAUCCACUUGCUAAAUCAAGGGUACUAAACCAUUUUUGCAUUGGCCAGACUAUCCAAGGCAUCAUCAAUUCAGGGGAGGGGGUAUGCGUCCUUGCGAGUGACAUCGUUCAAUUUCCGAUAAUCAACACAAAAACGCAACCCACUGCCCACGGGCUACAAGAAGGUUGAAUAAUACCUUGAUCUUGCAUCUGUUUAAGAUUGUCAGCCACUUCUUGUUGUAGGUGAAGCAGAACCCUAUCAACAAGAAGGUUACAUUCAACUCCCCCCACCUUUACUUUUAAAUACACCCCCAUCCCACUCCCCUCACUGGGCACUGCAGAUCUAAGGCCUGACAUUGGGAGGGGGGCUGGCAUUUGGCCUUCUGAACCAGCCCCCUCUAGUUUCCCUGUACAUAUGGACAGUCUCUCCUCAGAUGUCUAUUACAGCCACACGCCCAACACACCCUUUCGACCAUUUUAUCCACAUUUGCCCCUGCCCUACUCAGGUUCUUCCCCUCCAUUGCCCUACUAUCCACUCCUCUCUGUGCCACCUGCAUAUUUUGUACAGUAACCUGUAGAGUUUUAACCUCCUGCCUUAAACCCUCUACCACCUCCAAUAAGGCAUGAAAUUGGGGAUCAGGGGAAGAGCCAGCUGUCAAACCACGGACUCUGGCAUCUGCAUGGGAAGAGUUUUGUUCUAAUUCUCUUAUAAGCUCAAUUUCAGCAGCUACAUUAAUAGCUUCCUCUAAAGUUUUUAAUUUGGCUGUUCGGAGUUGAACCCGCAAGUCAGUACGACCAAUGUUUGUUAUGAACUGAUCUUUUGCUAAAAGAUCUUGUGUAGCAAAAUCUACAGAAGGGUAGGCUUUACCAACUAAACGCCUCAAAGCAUUGCCAAAUUCUCUUGCCGUUUCACUAGGGAAACGCUUACGUGAUGUAAAGUUUACACGAUUCCAUUCAUCACCAUCACAAGGUUGUAAACAUUUGGUCAUAGCUGCUUUUAAACUUUGAUAGUUAGCUUUAUCAUUUGGGGUCAAUCCACUAUAUAUAUAUCUCUUGCCUUGCCUGAUAACAAUAAGGACAUAAACUUCAGUUUUAAUGUUUCAUCCCAACCAUUCACUUCAGCUGCCAUCUCAAACUGUUCAGACCAGUCUGCCCAUUCCCGGCCUGCCCCGUAAAAGUUUCUGGCAUAAAAACAGGGCGCUAAAACUGGCCUGUUUGAGAAGGCAUUGUCAUUUGAAUGUUACUAGAUACUGGUGUUGGUUCAUCAGACUCCAUGAUUCAACAAUAAUAUAAGAAAAAGGAAAGAAAAAUCCCACCGCUGUCACCAGUGUAAUAAUUAUUUGGUUCUUUCUCGCUUUUUAACAUUGGGUCACGUGGUCGGUAUCAAUCUAGACCACUCUGCUGCCACCACCUUUGUUUAACCCAGUCAGGUCCAGGAUAAUCAGGAGUCUGAACAACCACAACACCAAUAUUAACAAUAAAGUAUUUUUUAUUAACACAUUAAUUAAUUAAAACUUUGGCUUUAGUUUAACAUUAAACAGCAGUAUAAAACCCAAAUACACACUGCAAAACCCAAUUCAUUACUUCAAUUCAUAAGAUACCAGUUAUCAGUGCCAAUAUCACUCCAAUUCAACACACGUGUUCUAUAAAACAAUCAAUAUGAAUGUCACACGUGCACUGCUGCGGUCUCACUCUGUUAGGCAUCAAUAAACAAACCCACCCAAAAACACAAGAAAAAUAUUACAUAGAACAAUAAAACCACACUUCCCUCGUCCAGUCACUGAUCACAAACAGCUCACAAUGCAUCCAUUUAAGUUUGCCCUCGUUCACAUAACGUUUAUCCUGCACAGGAUUCAAAGCGAAAAUCAGGCCUGUUCUCUCAAUUCCAUCUGCUCCUUAAAUCAAGUCUGUCCAUUAUCUUUGCUCCAGGUGAUUCACAUCAAUCAAUCAACCAUACCGCUUUUUAAAAGUUAUUUUUUUCUUUUUUCAGCAUUGCAACCUCUUUAUUUGCAUUAUCCAAAACUAUAGGUGCAGUGAUGCCGAGGCUCGUAGCCUACUGGUACAUCACUGAAACUCAUUCAGGCUCAUAGUUGGUAUAUACGUGCAAGUGUGGUAUUAUAGCUACUGUAAAACGGGACAUCCGUUUACUGCCACUGACUCGUCGUUUCUCACUGUGCCGCUUGUAGACAAUAUAGCUGCAUGGACAUGGACACUAAUGUAAUCCGUUUGCUUAUAAUGUUUAUACAGCCUUCUAUUUGCUGCAUCGAGCUGUGCCGCGCCGCUAACUCGCGUCAGGUAGAGGUAGCUGGGAAUCUGUGUAUGAUCAUAAUUCAUGCAUAGCCUUUAUCCUGUUUCACUGAUCCUGAUGGCAAUAUAAAGAAUAUACUCCAAAAAUCAUCCCCGUCCGAAUGAUGGCUGAAACUUUACUGAUGAGUUUCAUGAAGUUUUAUUGUACAUUAGCUACCAUGAAAUGUCCGUUUUAAACUCCAGACAAUCACUGUAAGAGCUUAUGCCUUUUCAGGGUUGCUUAAAAAACUGGUAAACUUUUAACCAUAAGAAAACUCUGAUUAAACAUAAUAAUGUGCAGACACGUUCUCUUAUUCAUUACUGCAGUGAUCAGUAACACUCAGACCAUAAUACCCAUCAAAAUAAGAACCGCCUUUUGUAAGACGGAUAAUGCAGACCUUAUAUAAUUACACCAACAAAAAUAUGUACAAAACAAAUUAAAAGAUCAAUCACAAUAAAGUCUGUUACAUUUUGUAAACGGAGUGUUUUUAUCAUGCAAACAGCACUUAAGCUCAACUCGAACAAGCGCCCAUGGUGAAAUAUGGAGCUCCUUUCAGAGUCUGUUGCCGCCCCAAUUGUAAAGCAAAACGUGAUUGGUUAUAGCGAAAGUGUGCUGUGAUUGGUGAUUGGUCAGCGCCACUUGGUCGUUAUCUGAUUGGCUUUAGUAGUCAGUGGGUGGAGUCGACCUAUGUGUGGAUUUGUCUGAGGUCCUGACGCUAGAAUUGUUUCAAAAUCCACAAAUGCGCAGGAAGCAAUUCACAAAUGUAUAGGUGGUGAUUCACAAAUAAAUGCAGGCAGAGUUGUGACAUAAAAUCAUAUUUGUGAAUAUGUUUUUUAUUACCAAAUCUCAUUUUAUUUAUUUGUGAAUUCAAUUAUUUUUUGUAAAACUCCUAACAUAUAUUUGUGGAUCUCAUUCUAUUCAUUUGUGGAUACGAUUAUUUUUUGUGAAUAUCUUUAAAUUUAUUUGUGGAUCAUAAUUUAUUUAUUUGGAAUUUUGCUACAAUCCUACCCCCAUAUAAAUGAGCAUUCCCACUUCCUGCUUCACUUGUAUGCAGGUUCUUUUGGCUACGACGAUGCCAGACGGUAAACUUAUAGGGACAAUUAUUAUAUUAAGUAUAUGCGUUACAGCCGCCAUUCGUAAUUUAAAGGAAGGUCCGAUGAUAGGGCCAGAUUCUAGACAGUAUAAAGUUGCAUCUUUACCGACUGAGGAUCACAGAAAUGAUAUUACAAACGUGCCGUCUAGCAGAGUUGCACCUGUGCAGGUGCUUUGCACUGAGCGAAGCAUGAUUGUGCUAAUCAGAGCGGACCUUCACUCCAACGGCCGUCAUGUCACUGCUGAAGAGUUUAGCCUCGGCUGGUCAACCGAGAGCUGCAAAGCCUUUCCGUAUAGUGAUACUGAAUAUGUGAUUAAAGCAGAUUUGCACCAGUGUGGCUCUGAAUUAAAGACUACUGGAGAUCAUUUGGUUUAUUCAAACCAACUGAUCUACGCUCCUAUGCAGAACAGCUUCGGUAUUGUUAGGACAAGUGCCGCUUCUAUUCCUAUUGAAUGUCACUACAAAAGGACCCACUUUGUAAGCAGUAUUGUUGUGAAGCCUUCCUGGGAGCCAUUUACAUCUACCAAAACAGAAUUGAUUGGGUUUUCCUUUUAUCUUAUGAAUGAAGACUGGAGGACUAAAAGGUUAUCCUAUGUGUACCACCUUGGGGAAGUGAUGAAUAUCCAGGCUUCUUUAUUGAUGGCUGAGCAUGCUCCUUUCAGAUUAGUAAUGGACAGUUGUGUGGUCACUCUGGAGCCUAAUGCCGCAUCACUUCCCCGCUACGUGUUCAUUCAGAACCAUGGAUGUCUUGUUGACUCUAAAGUGCCAGACUCUAGUGCCCGUUUCAUGCCCAGAAAACAAAAUAAUGUGCUUCAGAUGCAGAUGGAUGCUUUCCGUUUCCAUGAAGACCACCGGAAUGCUAUCUAUAUUACAUGCCAGCUGAAGAUUGUUGAUAUGGAGUUGAAUAUCAUGAACAAGGCCUGUACCUAUUCUGGAAACAGGUGGAUCAGUGUGGAUGGUAAGGAUGAGGUUUGUGAAUGCUGUGAGAAUACUUGUGAUGUCAUCAAACAGAAACAUUUUGGCAAGUGGAGUAGACUACCAAAAAGGUCAGUCAGUAGAGAUAAAACGGAGUCCAACACAGUGCUGCUUGGUCCCAUAACAGUUCUUGGUUAAAUUCUGUGCAAAUCAUGAAAAAUAAAAAUGAUUGUCAGUC